AUGGCACCCCACUCGUAUAAGUCAACCUUCCGGAGUAGGGUGUGGAGGGAAAGGGUCUGCGUCAUCCGUAUUCUCAACAGCACUGAGGGUCAAGAAAAUUUCGGAGGUGUCGCAGAUUCGUCGAUCCCAGGUAAACAACUUGAGAAAAGGAAGGGCAUGGGCAUAACCUCGAAGAUCCUCAAGAGAUUCAAUGUGGAAUGGACUUCAAGGCUUUCCUACACUCAAACGGUCCAGCAGACCCAAAGGAAUGGACAACGAAGUGAACAUGUCGACGAGCCAAUAUUUCGUCUUACAAUGUGCAUUGAUGACACGGUUUCGGAACUAAAGGCUUCAAUAAGAAGAAUGGUUCCAAGAUAUGAUACCUUGAAGAAACCCCUAUUUUACAAACUAAACAAGCCAAUGCCCAUUGCUCCAGAAGACAACCUUCAACAACGCAUUGAAAAUGAAGAAAAAAUCAAAAAUUGUGCCACACUCUUGGCGAAAUCCAGUGAUGACUUACAGGAUCUCUUUCCAAAAUCAGACGAAGUUGGCUAUCAUAGGCUUCAUGUUAUUGUGAAGUUUCCAAUGGCAAUGAUCAACCACCCUGCAAAAAAGCUCAUUUACAGAGCCCAGUUCCAAGAUGGCAGUCUGCUUUGGAAACGUCAAGACCUUAGGAGCAAGGUGUUCCACACAGUCAAUCUGACAUACUCAGAUUAUGAAAAUUUGGAAAAGUGUCUUUCAGAGCUUUACCCAGAUCGUCAAGAGAAAACAUAUCAGGCCAAGAUGGAUGGUGCUCGAUCAGUCAAACUUGACUUUCUUAACUCCCUCCCCUCAAUCAAUGCUAGCAAUGACAAUGAUGAUGGGGAUGAUAUUGAUGAUGAGCUCCACUCACUCUUUCCCACAACACUAGAAUAUCUUGACCUACACAGCUUGGGACUCAAGAAGCUGCCACCACGAAUGCCAUCACUGCUUCUCAUCCGCCAGGAAUACAAGGUACUGUCUGAGAUGUUGGAUGGCCUACCAACUGAGGCUGCCCACUCCACAUUGAUUACUGGGCAACCAGGCACUGUCACAGGAAAAACUUCCUACCUUUAUCUUCAUUUGGUCAAGUGUAUGAUUGCAGGCACCCCAUGCUUAUUCCAAACUUUCGAUGGUCCAGUGUAUCAUGUCUCUGAGUUCAUCACAGAAGUCAGGCACUGGUCAGGUGAACCUAUCAUUGCCAUUUGUAAUGCCAAUGGGGAUACAAGCCAACCACCACAAUUUAUCCUUCAAAAUGAGAAGAUUCAAAUGAUUGCUGCCUCUUCACCUGAUGCUGAAUGUGCAAGGUGGCUGGGAAAGAUGUCCACUUGGUCGGUAAAGAAGUUUUUCACAAAGUUGUGGUCACCUCAGGAGCUUGUAUUGACUGGAUUAUUCCUUCAUUGCAACGACCUCGUCUACUCACGGCUCCAAGAAGCUACGGCCUACUUUGGGUUCAACCCCCGAAAUUGCUUCUAUGCAAGCUCUUCCCCCUUAAUUUUCACUCAAAUCAAGGCAACAAUGCUAAAUGAGAUUUGCCGUGUCUCCCUUCGGAUACGUGAUUUUCGGUCCUUGUUUGAUGACUUCUCAACAACCUCCUCGUUAUACUCGGGAUUUGAGAUGUCCCCAAAAGAUGAUCAACGCUUAUUAGCCGAAGCUCAGAUAGCGGCAGUUUCCCCAUGGGCUUUGGAUAACUUAUUCAAACGUCAACUUGAAGCAGAUGUUUCGUACAAUGCCUACCGCUCGAUUAUGAAGGCACCUAAGAUGGGGAUCCUUCGGGGCCAAAUGUUCGAGAGACAGGUCCUCAAGUUUUUUGCCGGUCUCAAAGAAAACAUGCCAUUUCGCAUCCGGUCUCUGGAUGACUCUAUGACCUCCCAUUGGGUGUAUCCUGGUCCUACCAGCUGCUCAUCGUUCUACCCACUGACAUUCAUCCAGCUGCUUGAGGUUGCAGUCACGCUCAAGAAGCCUCUAUGCCUCACUAUGCCCAAUCCAUUAAACUUCCCAGCUGUUGCGUCAAUCCUGUAUGAUCCAAGUCAAGGUUUUACUGGUAUCCAAAUUACUUCCCAGACAACGCAUCCUGUGGUUGUCAUGGGAUUUAAGCAAAUUCAGAAGUUGUACUCCCGACUUGUAGUGGGCCUUGGAUCUUCGAUACCACUGGGCACUCGCUGGCGAUUCAUCUUCGUGGUGCCAGAUGACAUUGCUGCCAGUUUCACAAAACAGCCUUUGGGGGGUGGUGGUACCGAUAAUCAAGGAUGGUUGAAGAGCGUUGAUCAAUAUGUUCUUGGUUUAAAGGAGGAUAUGAUAUGGUUGAAGACUUAG